CCGGCUCCUUCCAGAGAGCUAACCUGCCCUCAGCCCCCGGGUGAGAUCCCCGAGACUCGCGCAAAGUAUAAUUUUCAGAAUUGCUUCAGCAGAGACACUAGAGGAUCGGUUCUAAGGGAACCGCUCCAGCCUCCUUGCACACCAAGACCCUGACAACAAGCAACUUGCUGAAGAUCGCACAGCUGCAAGUGGCGACACCAGGCCUGGUACAGGUCCCCGGUAUGGAAACUGCCUACCUGAAGAAGAGCUUUGGAAACAGCCUGACCCAGGCACUGGCAGAGGUGGCAAGAGUGCGCCCUAGUGACCCAAUAGAAUACUUGGCUCAUUGGCUUUACCACUAUAGGGAUGUGACUAACACUAAAGAAAAGGAAAAGCAAGAAGAGCUGCAGCUAAAACAGGAGCAUGACAGAAGCCUCCAGGAGGUGAAAAUGACCGAAAUGCAGAAACAAGAGGAAUAUCAGACUCAACAGAAGUGUGAAAAGUAUCAACAGGAUCUGCUCCCUGAAGCGCUUUCCUCAAACAAGACCCCAGCCCUGCAGAAAGACACUGCCCCUCUUGAGGAGGAGACCAGGAGACAAGAAUCUCCACCAGGUGUCUCCAGGGUAGUUGCAGAAACGCCUCCACGGGUUUUUACCUCUUGAGAAAAUGGCCUGCAAGAGGAGCUCUCUCCUCAGCUAAGACUGAAGAGUCUGAGGCAGAGGCUGGCAUGUACAGAUGCUCUGGUCUGCUAACCAUGAAUACGUUUAAUCACAUGACAUUUUAGCUAUUGGAUAAAAAUGAACCCAGACCACAGAUUAAAUACAACAAGGCAUCACACUGAUGAGACCCUCUCCUCCCACAUUACAGGGUGAAAACUUGCCCAUCUCCCGUACUCUUCUUCACUUUAGCUAUGCUCUGCAGUCAGGGCUGUGGGAAUCCCUACAGGUGUCAUGGAGGCUGCCCAUGGCACUAAAACCAGGUGUUUCUCUUCACUAUAUGUCAACACUUAAAAAAAAUUUCCAUUUUUUUAUUGUGAUAAAGCCCAUGACAUAAAAUUCAUAGUUCAGUGACCUGAACACAUUCAUACCAUACAGCUAUCCCUACCAACAAGCUUCCAAACUCUCCCUUUACCUUGUAGGAGUAAAACUCCGUCCCAUUGAAUAAUAACUCUAUUUUCUCUUCCCCCAAACCCUAGAAACCAUAAUUCUACUUUGUCUGGGUUGUUUUGACUAUUCCAAGUAACUCAUAUAACUGGAAUCGUGUGUGUGUGUGCACGCACAUGUGAUUUAGCAUUGUGUAGUAAUCCUUGGUGUUCUCGUGACUAGGCUUUAGUGCUUUUAUUUGGCAUACUGUGUCCUCAGGGUUCACUCACCCUGUAACAGGGAUCAGAACUUCCUUCUUAAAGCUGAUCAAUAUUCUACCCUCAUAUGGAAAGCAUAGACUGCAAGCAUUGCUAAGCUUAAUCAUACAGUGUGCUGGCUUGUGGAAAGCAUGGAAUAAAACCGGACU